UGACGAAUAACGUUCAGUCGAGACCGAGCUCAUCCGCGAUACAGUUGCUUUUCGCAUUCAAUAGACAAAAUGGCUGAUGUUCCAAAGCGUGAAGUUGAAAAUGUCGAAUUCGUUUUCGAAGUUAUGGGCUCACCCGGCGAGGGCAUCGAUGCCUUCGAUCUUGGCGAUGCUCUGCGCGCUCUGAACUUGAACCCCACCCUCGCUUUGAUCGAGAAAAUGGGCGGCACCAAGAAGCGCAACGAGAAGAAGAUCAAAAUGGACGAAUUCCUGCCCAUCUACUCGCAAGUGAAGAAGGAGAAGGAGCAGGGCUGCUACGAGGAUUUCAUUGAGUGCUUGAAGCUGUACGACAAGGAGGAGAAUGGCACCAUGCUGCUCGCUGAAUUGCAGCACGCCCUGUUGGCCCUUGGUGAGUCCCUGGAUGAUGAGCAGGUCGAGACUCUGUUCGCUGACUGCAUGGAUCCCGAGGAUGAUGAGGGCAUGAUCCCAUAUUCUCCAUUCCUCGCCAGAAUGUGUGACAGACCAGAUCAGCUAUAAAUAUAACAACAACAACACCAACAACAACAACAACAAUUCAAUAAAUUUAUAGCAAACAGCCAUUCUCCAUAGAUGUUAUAUUCAUCGCUAACUCUCUCUAUCUCUCUCUCGUAUAUUAUUUUAAUUAAAUUUUACUUCUGC